AUGACUGCACUGCCAUUUCUCAUCGCUUUCGGCCCAUUGGCGCCAUGGCCGUCUCGAAAUCAUCUACAGCAGCUCCGGUUAGAACUACGGCAAAGCCACCUCUACGAACCCAUAAUCACGGCUAUCUAUGACCUUGCAUUGCUAUGGCAAGCAUUAGUAGAGCAAGACUCAGCAUUAGAAGCGCUAAACGGCAGUCAUGCUGCAGAUGAACUAGCAGCAAUUGUUACUGGAACUGCCGAAAUGCCGACACCGGAAGAAAAGCGAAACAUCAUUACAAUGCCAAUGACAAUUGUCACUCAAAUUGUACAAUAUCUCAGCUACCUCGGCCAAUCUGACGGCUCUGUCGACCACAACGCGAUAUUGAGGAAUGUCACUGGUGAAGGAGGAGUUCAAGGCUUCUGUGCUGGUCUUUUGAGCGCUCUGGCUGUUGCCAGUGGAUCUACCGAAGAAGAAGUUGUCGAAAUGGCUUCAACUGCAGUGCAGUUAGCCUAUUGUAUUGGUGCGUAUGUAGAUAUGGAUCAGGCUAACGGUGGUGGCCAUACUCGAUAUUCGAACUUCGCGAUGCGAUGGAAAGCACCGGCAACUCUGGACGACAUCUGCAAUGACUUGCUUAAGUAUCCUGAGACAUACGUCGCUGUUAUUCGAGAUGCCUACGAUAUCACUGUGACGACUCCAACUUCAAUAACGGCACUGCAACAGGGUCUAUCAACCCAUGGGGUGUCUGUGCUGGACACUGGUAUCAGUGGGAGAUACCAUGUGAAUAUUCACACAGAGGCAGAAACAAAGAUAUUAAAUGCAUGUCAAGGACGCAUCAACCCUCGGUUCGGAGACCAGAAGCUUGUCCGGUCGAAUGCAAACGGGGAAAUCAUUCCACACGAAGAAGCCGUCUGGGUGGCUCUGCAUUCGAUCCUGACAGUUCAAGCAGAUUGGUACCACACCAUUUGUACAGCUACGCCCGCUUUGUUUGAUGACCCCGGAAAUUCUUUUAUUCUGUCCAUCGGUGCUGAUGCCAUUCCACAAUCCGUAGCGAGACGAUUUUCAGUGGUGAAGACCCGGGCGAUGCUGACAUCUAAAGUGGAUCAUUACUGUGAUACUUCAAUUUCUGGGAUAUUACCUCCUCAAGAGAAUGGCACCGAUGGUAAAUAUCCAGAACAUGCCGUUGCAGUCAUUGGUAUGUCCUGCAAGUUCCCUGGCGCCGAUUCCAUCGAUGAGUUCUGGAGUCUCUUGACUGAGGGCAAGUCAAUGUUGGAGCAGAUGCCAAAAGACCGCUUCGAUUUGAAGGAUCUCCCUCGCGCUGUCCGUGGUCUGAGAUAUCAUGGCAACUUUGUGAGACAUAUCCAGUCAUUUGACCACAGGUUUUUUAAAACAUCUUCAAGAGAGGCGGCCUCGAUGGAUCCACAGCAGCGCAUCUUACUCCAGCUCACCUACCAGGCCAUGGAAUCGUCUGGGUACUUUUCAGAUCCUUCCAGACCUCGUGACAUUGGCUGUUAUAUUGGUGGCUGCGCCGUUGAUUAUGACGGCAAUGUCGGAUCCCAUCCGCCCACAGCAUAUGCGACUACUGGUACGCUGAGGGCUUUUCAGUCUGGCAAGCUAUCGCAUUACUUUGGCUGGUCCGGUCCAUCUAUUACGUUUGAUACAGCCUGCUCUUCCUCUGCAGUGGCUAUUCAUUCGGCGUGCACUGCACUGGAAAUGGGGGAGUGCUCCCAGGCCGUUGCUGGCGGUGUCGCUCUCUUCACCACACCAUAUUUGUACGAGAAUCUGGCAGCCGCACACUUCCUCAGCCCCACCGGCGCGACGAAGCCGUUUGAUGCUAGUGCAGACGGAUAUUGCCGUGGAGAAGGUCUUGGCUUGGUUGUGUUGAAGAAGCUGUCCAAUGCGCUGGCGGACGGUGAUAACAUCCUCGGUGUCAUUGCUGGAUCAGCCAUCAACCAGAAUGCCAACUGCGUUUCUAUUACCGUGCCUCAUUCACCAUCUCAGUCCAACCUGUUAGAAAGAGUGAGCAAGCGAGCUGGUGUCUCUCCUCAAGAGGUCACCUUUGUUGAGGCGCAUGGAACAGGGACACCAGUUGGCGAUCCCAUCGAAAUGGAGAGUAUCCGCAAGGUUUUUGGCGGACCUGGCAGGAAAGCUCCUCUGAUUGUCUCUUCAGUCAAGGGCAAUAUUGGUCACCUUGAGGGGGCUUCGGGGGUUGCUGCCCUAAUCAAAGUCAUCUUGCAGAUGGAAUACCGCACCGCGUGUGUCCAAGCCUCAUUUAAGACACUUAAUCCGAAAAUCCCUUCACUCGAGGCCGAUAAGCUCUGUAUUCCGACGUCAAACUGCCCACUUUCGGGGGAUCUAAUCACAGCGUGUAUCAAUAACUACGGCGCUGCUGGCAGCAAUACAGCCAUGAUGCUAAUUGAGGCCCCUCGUAAGAACAAGCAACAUAUGGCACAGACCGAGGAUGACGCAUUGCUUUCUAAAUUACCUAUCCAUAUAUCUGCAGCAUCCACAACAAGCCUAAUCAAUUACUGUCAGCUGCUUGAAGGCUUCUGUGGCAAGACUGUGUCAACGCUCAAUGCGAAGGAAAAGGCUAAGCUGCUUCGUGAUGUUGCCUUCAGCCUCGCCAAACGACAGAAUCAAGAGCUCUCUCACAUGCUUGUCAUGACGGUAACAGAUAUAGACCAGCUGCAAGCCGAGCUAAGACGGCAAUUGAUGUCGGCGGAGGCCAUUCAACAGCGACUCAAAGAACCCCCUGUCAUUCUCUGUUUUGGUGGUCAAGUUGGUGAAUCAGUUGGUCUCAGCAAGCAUCUAUGGAAGCAAUCCCCAUUGUUCCGUUCCUAUCUAGAUCGUUGCAACACAGCUCUUUGCACAUUGGGCUAUCCCAGUAUUUAUCCAACGAUCUUCCAGAAAGAGCCUGUCAAAGACAUUGUCGCCCUGCAGUCAGCUAUUUUCUCGACACAAUAUGCAUCUGCACAAGCAUGGCUCGAGUCAGGAUUGAGAGUCGAUGGUGUUGUAGGCCACAGUCUUGGGCAAUUCGCGGCCCUUUGCGUGUCUGGUACCUUGUCUCUUCGGGAUGGCCUGAAACUGGUUGCUGGGAGAGCAGCACUCAUGCAAAAAUACUGGGGUUCUGAGCCUGGCAGUAUGAUCGCGGUCGAGGCAGAUCAGACCACAAUUGAGAGCAUCACAUCCUACCUAAGUACCUCAAGCCCAGACCAUAUAUUUGAGAUCGCAUGCUAUAACGGCCCAACAUCCCACGUGGUCGUCAGUGAUGAAGCUUCGGCCGACCAUUUGGAGGCAGAGCUUGUUAAGCGUUCUAUCCGCCACAAGAGACUAAGCGUAACCCAUGGUUUCCACUCUCGCUUCACCGAGCCUAUAAUUCCUUACCUAGAGAGUUUGGCUUCGGCUCUUACCUUCCACCGAGCCAAGAUCCCUAUCGAAACUUGCACCUCGGCGUCGAGUUGGACACAGCCAACUGCGCAACUCGUCGCAGCCCAUACAAGAGACCCUGUCUUCUUUACACAAGCGGUCCGGCGCAUUCAGGCCAGGGUUGGGGUUUGCACAUUCCUUGAAGCGGGAUCUAGCUCUAGCAUCGUAUCGAUGGUCCGUCGAGCCCUAGAUCCAUCCAUUGGUGUGUCGUGCAACUUCAUUCCAAUGGAGUUGAACAAGCCAACAUCGCUGGAUAAUCUGGCAGAGACGACAGUUAAUCUCUGGAAGCGUGGACAUCAGGUUCAAUUCUGGAAUUUCCAUAAUUCGAAUGGCUUGAAGUACGACUUCCUGCGACUUCCAUCGUAUGAGUUCGACAAGCCAAAGCACUGGUUGGCGCUGCAAUCUGCACCACCCGUCCCUGGAGUCCCUGCGCAAAUAUUGGCCCCAAAAGUACUAAUUCGCCUUACUAGCAGUGACUCAGAGGGGCACCACUUUGAAAUAGGCUCCAGGAGUGAUGAAUACUUGGCUCUUGUUAAAGGGCAUCUUCUGCUCGGCCAGCCGGAAUGUCCUCUAUCCGUCUACAUAGAGCUCGCAUCGAGAGCUGCCACGCUAGUAGAAGAAAAAAUAUCUGACAUGCUUCUUGCAGUUAAUAAUCUGCACAUACAAUCCCCGCUUGGUCUAGCCACAGACAGAGCAAUCCGCCUUGAUCUUCAGCCAUUUGGUGCUUCGUAUAGCUUUAGGAUCACUAGCAAACCUUUGUCUAGUGACUUAAAAAAAAUAACACAGGUUUGCCACGUCACAGGAACUGUUUCUCUUCAGGCUCAAAGCAACACUCUUAGCAAUGAGUUUUCCCGCUAUGAGCGCCUAAUUACCAAGGAUCGAUUUGCGGCUGCUUUUGAUUGUGAUGAUGACGAUGCCACAUCCAUCCAGGGGUCCAUGGUUUACAAGGUCUUCUCGCAGACCACCGAAUAUGCCGAUUUCUUCCGAAAUGUGAAGAGCGUGGCUUUUAGUGAUGGCCAGGUGGUCGGGAAGGUCUUAUCACCAAAGCGAGUUCCGGACAGCUGCAAGGGCUCAAUUACUCAGCCUUGUAUUUUGGACAAUUUUAUACAGGUCGCUGAUCUGCACACCAACAGCAUUCAACACUCCUCCGACAAAGAGCUAUUUUGGCUGUCUAACGUCGAACGUGUACAGUUCGGACCAGAAUAUCAAGACAGCAUUCGUGUUUGGGACGUACUUUGUCUCCCGGCCGUCUCGACAUCGUCUAGGGAGCUUGCACAUGAUAUCUUUGUUUAUAAUGCUGCCACAGGGCGGCUGGCACUUCUCUUGCUAGGUGCACGAUUUAUUAGCAUUUCUCGUUCGUCAUUGAUUGAUUCACUUUCGCGUGCAGACGACAGUCGAGCAAGCACCAUCCACAAGAUUGAUUCUAUACAGAUGGGGCUCCUUGCUGAGCAACCACAGCGAAGCCAGUUUCACAAUGCCCUUCCAGUUCCCACAGCCCAGGUGCCGAAGCCAGUCAAGCAAAUUCGGCUAGUCAAGGAUGCUAAAACCGCCAUUCACGAUGAUAUCUGCAUUAUCAUGGAGAAAAUCGCAGACGUUCCCGCAAACGAAGUUCGGGGCACUGCAUCCUUUGAUGAUCUCGGAGUAGACUCGUUAAUGAUGAUCGAGGUCAUUGGAGAGAUCUCGACUUUCUACAAGACCGAGUUGCCAAUUGACGAUCUCGAACAACUCACCGAUUUCAAUUCACUCAUCGACUAUCUGCAUGGACGGGGCUGUCGAGGUACUGGUAGCGAGGAAGGUGAUGCUGACGGUUCAACGCCCUCCGAUAGUCUUUCCAUCAGUUCAUCGAUAACCACAGCUGACACAAGUCCUAUCCAGACUCCUUCAACCUGUCAGUACGCCAAUGGUGACAAGUUGUCUGGAUCUGUGUCUAACCUCCAGAGCAACAUUAUCGGGCAGGCUGCCCCAUCUGUUUCCAAACCCGCUGAGACUAUUGAUUCGCUGAGGGCCGUUACGAACUAUGAUCAGUCUUCUAACAAUGAACUAAUAGUUGCCCAGCAGGUGUUUGACAGCCUACGGUUUGAUUUCGACAAGUAUUCGGAGCAGACUGGAUUCCACAAUUUCUGGAAGUAUGUCUACCCUAACCAAAAGAAACUGGUUGAAGCAUAUAUCGUUGAGACCUUCCGCGAUUUGGGAUGCGACAUGGCUAGCCUUGCAAAUGGACAGCAAUUACCAUAUGUCAAUUUUCUUCCCAAGUAUGGCCACUUGAUGCGUCAGUUCCGUAAGAUUUUGGUUGAUGGUGGGCUCCUACAACUUGAAAGCGAUGGUACACAUGUGAGGACCGCACAACCGAUUGAUCCCACCCCGGCGUCUGUGCUAUUUGAAGAAAUCUUGCAGAAACACCCUCUGCAUGCCUCUGAGCACCGUCUACUAAAUGUGUCUGCCUCACAGCUGGUCAAAACUUUGACGGGCAAAGAAGAUCCUCGGGCGCUGCUCUUCGCCAACCGAGUAAAUAAAGGCAUUAUGGCAGAUGUCUAUGCAAAUGCACCCAUGUGUCAAGCUUCAACUCGACUACUAGCAGACUUCCUAGUGCAGACUUUUUCUGCGCUCAAGUCAGAUAAAGUCUUCCAAAUCCUCGAAGUCGGCGCAGGCACUGGUGGAACAGCCAGAUAUCUUGUAGAGUUUCUGAUCAGCAAGGACAUCAAAUUCGAAUACACCUUCACGGAUAUCUCCUCUGGAUUGGUAUCACAAGCGCAAAAAUUCUUCGCUGGUUAUGACCAGAUGAAGUUCAUGACUUUGGAUUGUGAUCGUGCACCACCGCAGCAGCUACAUAACAAAUUUGACGUCGUUGUUGCGACCAACUGUAUACACGCAACAAGAAGCGCAACGUCUGCUUGUACGAAUAUCGCACCUCUACUUCAUGCAGAUGGUUUCUUCUGUUUGGUUGAAUUCACGAAGGGUGUCUACUGGUUUGAUCUUGUCUACGGUCUUUUGGAGGGAUGGUGGCUUUUCGAGGACGGUCGUCAACAUGCUCUUGCUGACCAAUGGUUCUGGGACAAUGCGUUACGGACGGCCGGCUUUCAGCAUGUCACUUGGACAGAUGGGAGUACGAGCGAAUCGCAGACAAUGCGAGUAAUCUGUGGGUUUAAAACCCCCGCAGAGAGAGAGUCGUUCAAACCCCUGGCCAAAAAUAUCGUCAAGAGGGCCGGCAUACCAACAGAGACAUUCACUUGGAAAAAGGAAGGCAGUGUAGAACUACAAGCCGACGUGUACUAUCCUAAAAUACCGGACAGUCCUGGCAAACAAAGACGAAUUGCCCUAAUGAUCCACGGUGGUGGCCAUCUUCUCUAUAGCCGUCAAGACAUCCCAAUGAAGCACGUUCGUGUUCUUUUGCAGCGUGGCUUCCUCCCCGUUAGCGUCGACUACCGAUUCUGUCCUGAGCUCAGUCUCUUCGAUGGUCCAGUGACAGACUGCUGCGAUGCUCUAAAGUGGGCUAGAGAGACCUUGCCAUUGCUCCAUCUUUCCGGCCCCAAAGUCCAGGUACAUCCUACCAAAUUGCUUGCCAUGGGCUGGUCAAGUGGAGGUCAACUGGCGAUGACAUUGGGAUAUAUGGCCAAGUUCCGGGGAAUCAAGCCGCCAGAUGUGAUUCUACCAUUUUACUCCCCGAGCGAUCUGGAAGCUGAGUUCUGGAGCAAGCCUAUAUAUCCGGCGGCAGCAGAAGAACCGCCGUGCAAGAUAUGGGGUGAACUUGACUGUGUGCUUCCAGAGCCGAUUGUCGCAUAUACACCAAUGAGCGACAAAAAAGCCACUGGUCUUUCAUUAACAUUGAAAGACGACCGCGCCCGGCUCAUCCUUCACAUGAAUUGGACAGGCCAGUCUGUCAACGUCCUUGUCCGCGGCCUCCCACACAAGAGCAAAGUCGCCGCGGACGACACAACUGACUGGAAAAAUCUACCUCCACCACCGAUCCAAAAGAUUCGAGAGUGCAGUCCAUACUGGCACAUUCUUGAGGGUACCUAUACAACUCCGACGUUUAUGGUGCACGGCAAUAAUGAUGAUUGGAUUCCGUGUAGUAUGAGUGAGAAGACCAUUGCGACUUUGAAGGAAAAGGGUGUACCCUGUGGCAUCAUCGUCGCUGAUCAAUGUGGCCAUGCUUUUGAUUUAUUUCCCAGGGAAGAUCCGCUUGGGGUUGGUUGGUUGGCAAUCGAGGCUGCGUAUGAUUUUGCAUGUGCUCAAAUGAGCAUGGAUUCUUGA